AUGAUUAGAACAAUAGAACUCUUCUGUGUGUGUGUUCCUUCCUCAGCUGAGACUAAGAUCUGCUUUAAGUACUAUCAUGGAGUGAGUGGAGGCCUGAGAGCAACAACCCCCUGCAUCACCGUCAACAACCCAGGACUUCCUGUUAGAGCCGAGGGUCAAGCUGAGGGCCAAUCAGUGACAGAGAACUGUCGGAAACUCGUCAGCUUCACUUUAUCAGAUAUCCGUGCGUUGGGUCUGAAGAAGGGGAUGUUCUUUAACCCUGACCCCUACCUGAAGAUGUCCAUCCACCCUGGGAAGAGGAGUGGCUUCCCCACCUUCACACACCACGGACAGGAGCGCCGCUCCGCCAUCAUAUCUAACACCACCAACCCUGUUUGGCCUGGAGAG